UGCCGCAACGCGCGAGGGUCUAUUUACUAGUUAAAACUAAACAAACAUCGGAAUGGCGGUUUUUCAAAUUGGAGUAAAAUAAGGGGCGUACGAUUGUUCAGAACCUCUCCGUUGCGUCUGAGGUUGAUCGGAAGUUACAACCGUAUCAGAAAACUUAAAUACGAUCCUCAUUUCUCAGUGUGAUUAUAUGUACAUUUGUAGGUAAAAGAUUUUGUUUGAUUUGUGUAUUAUAAAGUGCUGAUGAAUCAACAAAAAGCCAUCAACUUGAAGGUGAAGAGACCAAAAAGGAACUGGUUGGAUCUCCCAUCAGAGAUAACAACCAAUAUACUCCACAGAAUUGGUGUUUUUGACAUUUUUCAGAAUGCCCAGAAAGUAUGCACCGCGUGGCGUGAAAUCUGCAAGGACCCUGCUAUGUGGAAGGUCAUUUAUGUGGAUGCCUCUUUUGACCCAAAUGCUAAUCUUGCAUUUGAAGAGAUGUGUAAGCGUGCUGUUGACAGAAGCCAGGGCCAACUAGUUGAUAUCACCAUCGUGCGAUUCCGCAAUGAGGAGAUUCUUGAAUACAUUGCUAACAGAUCUAGUCAACUUAAACGUCUCACAAUCGCGUGUUGUGAUGAUUUUUCGUAUCGUAUCUGGACCAAAUGUUUGGUGAAAUUUCCAUUACUGGAGGAACUGAGCCUUUAUGCAACAAAUAUAUCGAAAGAGGGUAUUGAAACUGCUGGCCGUUAUUGCUCCAAGCUUAAAACACUCAAAGUGAAUCAAGAAAAUUAUAGCUUCUGGGAUGAUUGUAUAGCUACGGCUAUCGGGGAAAACUUACAUGAGUUAAGGCACCUUGAACUCAUCGGGAACCCAAUGAUGAAUGAAGGGUUGAAGAUGAUUCUGGAUGGUUGUCAUCACCUUGAAUUACUUGAUUUGCGUCGGUGCUUGUUCAUCCGUCUUGGUGGAGUUUUAGGGAAAAGAUGCUUGCGACAAAUUAAAUGUGUAAAACUUCCCAAUGAUUUUCUUGAAGGUUGCCCAUAUGAAAAGGAUGGAUUUUUUGAUGAAUCUGACGGACAUUAUGACGAAUAUUAUGAUGAAUAUUAUGAUGAAUAUUAUGAUGAAUCUGAGGUAGGAUAUGAUGAAGAAUCUGAAGGAGGAUCGGAUGAAGAAUUUAUAUAUGAAAAGGAUGGAUUUUAUGAUAAAUCUGAUGGAUAUUAUGAUGAAUCUGAGGGAGGAUCCGAUGAAUAAUCUUGUGAUGAAUCUAUGACGGUUUUCUUUUGAAAGAUGAUAUUGUGACAGGUUUGAAGUCGAUAGAAGACUAAAAGUAGACUAUUAGUAUCUUGGGUCGUUUAUGUUUUAAAGUUUUGUACCAACUCGUAAUAGUUUAUGUAAAUUUAUAAUUUAUCUGCACUUGUUUUGAUACCAAUCAGUCAUGUUAGGUCCUGUUCAAGCUGGGUAUAACACUA